CGCCUGCGCGGAGCGGCGCGGCGCGCUGGGGCGCAGGAAUGUGCGUUACGGUUAAAUAGUGGGCGCAGGGGCGGCCGCCGCGGCGCUCGGGGCCGGCGGCUCAGCGGUGAGCCGGGCCGAGCCGAGCGGGGCGACGGGAGAGCCUCCAUGGCGCGGCUUGGCUGCCGGGGCGGCGGCAGCGGCGCUGUGCUGCUGUGACAGGAGCCGGGCGGCCGGGAUCGAUCUUCCUCCUGCUCCACUCUCGCGGAGCGGGGCGGGGGAAGGCCCUGCACCGGCGUCCCUGGGCGGGGGGCGCGGCGGCGCUCGGAGCGCGGAGCCGUGGCGGCAGCGGCGGCCGGGGGCAGCCGGCGUGUCACCGCCUCUAUGAUGAAAUUUAAGCCGAACCAGACGCGGACGUACGACCGGGAAGGCUAUAAGAAGCGGGCGGCGUGCCUCUGCUUCCGCAGCGAGCGGGAGGAUGAGGUGCUGUUGGUGAGCAGCAGCCGCUACCCAGACCAGUGGAUUGUGCCAGGUGGAGGCAUGGAACCAGAGGAAGAGCCAGGAGGAGCAGCUGUCAGAGAGGUGUAUGAGGAGGCUGGAGUAAAGGGCAAGCUGGGCAGGCUGCUUGGGAUCUUUGAGCAGAACCAGGACCGGAAGCACAGGACCUACGUCUACGUGCUGACGGUGACGGAGAUCCUGGAGGACUGGGAGGACUCCGUCAGCAUAGGAAGGAAAAGAGAAUGGUUCAAAGUGGAAGAUGCCAUCAAGGUGCUGCAGUGUCACAAGCCUGUUCAUGCAGAGUACUUGGAAAAACUGAAACUGAGCUGUUCAGCCACCAAUGGAAACUCUGUGGUGCCCCCCCUCCCAGACAACAACUCCUUGUAUGUCACUUCUGCACAGACUUCGGGGCUGCCCUCCACUGUGAGAUAGAGGUUUGGAUUCCCCUUUGUGCUGCUGCCAGCAGGAGGGAGGCAGCUGUGCCCACACCCAGGCACCUCUCCCACUCUCAGCUCCACCUGAGGCCUGCCCAC